GUGGAUGUUGUGACUUCUUAGCUGUCGGGACGGCUAAGCUGCCCGGGUCGGACGGUAAUGCAUGUGCCCUUGUCUCCUGUCAUCCCGGUAAACCAGUUACACAAGUCGGUAAAUUCGCUCUUCUUGGAGUCCGCAGCAGAGUCACCACAGCAACGGCACGGAGGGAGAGGCUGAAAACUCUCUGGUCAGCUGCCGCCGAGGCUUUGUGGUGCCAUGAUGAAAGAAGUCCUGGAAGCUGUCCUGCUGUUGUUGCUGCUAUUCUCCACGCCACUUGUAAAGGCAAUCCGCUACAGCCCGCCAGGGAAGCCUGCAUUGACCAGAUGCCGUUCUCCCGAGAAAGAGACCUUUACCUGCUGGUGGGAACCUGGCUCUGAUGGGGGACUGCCCACCACCUACGCUCUGUACUAUCGCAAAGAAAACUCUGAGACAGUGCGUGAGUGUCCCGACUACUACACAGCUGGAGAAAACUCCUGCUUCUUUAACAAGAACGACACGUCCAUCUGGGUCAACUACAACAUCACUGUGGUGGCCACUAAUGCACUGGGCAGCACCUUCUCUGACCCUGUGGAUAUAGAUGUGGUCUACAUUGUCAUGCCUAAUCCUCCAGAAAACGUAACAGUGACUGUAAUGGAGGACAAGGGCUGGCCCUUCCUCCGGGUGUCAUGGGAACCACCACAUAAGGCAGACACCCGCUCUGGUUGGAUCACUCUCAUCUAUGAGCUCCGCGUCAAGUUAGAGGUGGAAAAUGACUGGGAGAUGCACCUUGCAGGCCAGCAGAAGAUAUUUAACAUUUUCAGCCUGCGGUCAGGGGGUAGAUACCUGGUUCAGGUGCGCUGUAAGCCUGAUCAUGGCUUUUGGAGUGAAUGGAGUUCCACUUCCUACAUCAAAGUUCCUGACUAUUUCCAUCGGGAGAGGUCAAUGUGGAUCCUCAUUACCGUUUUUUCUGCCUUUAUCUUCCUCAUCCUCACAUGGUUGCUACACAUGAACAGCCACAGUCUGAAGCAUUGUAUUCUGCCACCAGUCCCUGGUCCUAAAAUUAAAGGAUUUGACAAGCAGCUACUUAAGAAUGGCAAGUCAAAAGAGGCCCUCAGUGCACUGUUGGUGUCCAAUUUCCCCCCAACCACAUCAUCUAACUAUGAGGACUUGCUGGUGGAAUACUUAGAGGUUUAUGUCCCUGAGGAGCAGGAGCUGAUCCUGGAGGAAAGCAAGGAUCUAAAUGAUGGUUGCCUCAAAUCUGAGAGCUCCACAUCUGACUGCGAUUCCGGCCGGGGCAGCUGCGACAGCCACGUUCUGCUGAUGGAUAAGUGUGGCGAGGCAAAAGAAGAAGAGAGGCAAACAGAUCAGGAAAGCAGUCAAAUGGGGACGGAGGCACAGAGGCACCAGAAGGACUGGGAGGAGGAAAUGUUGACCUAUGCUCAUGAAGGCAUGGUUAGCCCUGACAUGUCCAGUGGUAGGGUGAAAACCUGGCCUUCUGUGUUUUCUCCACUGCCCCAGUACAGCUCAAGCCCACAGGAACAAAGGAGCUCACUUGAGAUGGCCAAACAGCACUGUCUUUCUGACAGCCUGCUACCCCCAGGCUGCAUGUCCUCCUACCUUGCCCAGCCUGGCUACAGCACCAAGGAGGCUCUCGGAUCGAGCUACUGUUUGAGCAACAACCAGCCUCACCUGCUCCAUCCCCAGACGCAGGCCCACGGCGAUGUCAACAUCGUCGGCAUUGGCCACAAACUGGCACCUGCUGGUCUGCAGUCGCCCGUUCUCCGACCCACUGGGUACGUUGAAGUCCAGAGGAUCAACGAGGAGGAUAUGGUGGUUCUACAGCCUGUUGUGUCUGGCCGUGGCCGCAUCGAAAGCUGCCCCCAAAUGUCCCAGGGGGAGGACUACAGCAAGGUGAAGGGAGUGGACAGUGACAACGUGCUGCUACUACAGAGAGAGGUUAUGGAAGAAGACAGGUGCCCUUGUGAGGACCUGGAGACGAAUGGAGUGACAGAGAACUGCUACACAUCGUUCACUGUUACCACUACACAGAAGCCUGCGGCCUGCUGUCACACCGCUAUGCCAGUCCAGGACGAAAUGGUCCUGGCAAUGAAUGGUUACGUUGACACUGCCACCAUGUUCACACUGCCCACUUACUAGGUGCCCAUAAGCCCAACUGGCAGGUCUGGGACAUUGCAAGACCUGUUUCAGCCAUGGGACUGAGACAAAAAACAUUAAACACUGGAUGAAUCCUUGAAAAAUGGUUGCAAAGACAAUAUUUUGCUGUAACUGGAUACCGUUAUUUAUUUUUCACCUUCUUCUCAGCGUAAGAGACGUCACUGGUUCCACUGCAGUGAGGAUCUCUGAUUUUGAGAAUCCAAAAGAAUUUGAUUGAAUGAUCUGAAUAAUAAGCUUUAUAAGGAAUACGAUUGAUUGUAUAAACUAUGUAGUUUCUAUAUGCUGUCUUUCUGAUUAAUAACUGUAUAUGUCUGUCAUCUUUUUAUCCGUCACAAGCAUGUCAUAAACUUUUUAAAUAUAUUUUAUGAGAUUAAAUUGUCUAUAUUGUAUACUGGUGUAAUGUGAGUAUCUGUUAAAAUUAUUUGUGUAAAAUCAAAAUAGCAGAAAGCUCAAACACAAGUUUUUGUAUACGUCUUUUCUCUGCUCCCUGUAGAACACUACAUCUUAAAGCUGCUUGCUGGGUGUGUAUGUGUGCAUGUACAUACAAAGGAGAAAAGUGAAAAGGUGGGAAUGUAUUACUCUGUUCAUCAUUAACAGACUAUUUUAUUUAUAUACAUUUUUUACUGCUUUGAUCAGUUAAGUGGUAAAUUAAAAAAUAUAUUUCUAAAAAGAUGUUUAGUUUUUUGGGAAAAUAGUAUUGUGAUACUUGCUUGCCCAUGUAAACCACUAACCUUAAGUGACUCCGUCUCUGAUAUUUAAGUGAUAAACAGCAGUUUUUUUCUUUUGCAUAGAUACUUUAUAAACAGUCAGCAACCCAUAUACUAAAUGCAAUUUGAAACCAAAUUCUUAUCCUAGUAGUCAAUCAAGUCUUUUUAGAAAAGCUUGCCAUAAAAAUCAUGCUUUUAAUAAAUUUACAUUUGUCUAUAUAGUA